UCUAUCUAUCACUCUAUCAAUCACUUUACCUAUCUAUCUAUACAUGCACACACGCACAUACAUACAUGUCUCUGGUUUUAGCACAUUUCUUCAUAGCCUACAAAUCUCUUCACCAUCGUCAUCAUCAUCAUCAUUCACCAUAACCCUUCUCUAAUUGUUUCUCCCUCAUAUAUACACACACACACAUAUAUAUACAUGUCCCCCUUGUUUCCCACACUGCCUGUCGUGUACGUUUCCCAAACCCUUAUCCCACCUCUCGACCCCGACGAUCACCCACGAAAUUUCCCCGAAUCGCCACGACCACCACCACCACCAAAAGAGAAGGGCAACCAGAGGCGAUUUGUCUUUUAAACAACAAAUUAUUGGCUCUACUCGACCCCGCAAAAACGAAAGAGGUGAGGACCUCCCCAACCGACCGACCCUACAAUGGCUAACCCGUGGCUGACAACUCCAGAGGUGACCAAGACAGAAGAGAAAUCCGAACAUGAGGAACUCCUGGUCUUCGGCUACGCCUGCAAACUCUUCCCGUUCGACGAGAAAGCUGCCUACAUCGAAGAAGAGAAGCACCUGAUACCCUGGAUGGACGACCAAACCAUUAUGAUAGACAGGUAUGAUGGGCGAGGUCAUCUCUAUGACUUGGCGCCGUACGAUGCCUCUAGCUGCAAUAGCAGCUGCGUCAUGUCUGACGAAGAAAAGCACAUCGAGGCCCUUUGUGACAAGGAACGCUAUUUGGAACUACACACCGACAUGCAGGAACAAGCGCUGUACGAGGAGGAAGAGUGGAAGCGCUAUUACCAGUCCUUGUCGGAGGGUUUCAAUGCUGUAGGAUUUCUUUAUGAACAACCUACCGAUUCUUCUGUACCAGAAGAUGAAGAUCAAGAACUAAACGCUGCUCUUGAAGCUGCAGUUGAGAAGUUUGUGCCUCCAAAAGAACUUCAAGUACCACCGGAUAUUGCAAUACCGGAGAGCAACAAGAUCAAUGCCAUUAUCGAAAGAACUGCCAACUUUGUAGUGAUGCAGGGGGGACAAAUGGAAAUCAUGCUGAAGACAAAGCAAUCCUCAAAUCCCCUCUUUGAGUUCCUUAACAUUGACAAUAGUCUUUGUCCCUAUUAUAAACACGUCAUAAAGAUGAUAAAGUCUGGGAAAUAUAAGCCAAUUAUUGAAAACGCUCCUGAUGAUGAAGAUGGCGGAGAGGACCAGCACAGUUACCUCCAUCCGCUGUUGAGCGUGAAACCUGGCAAAGCCGAGGCCCGCAAACCCAUCAAACUUCCUGCUGUUGACAUGCACAAUACUGCUUAUGGGGAUCUCGUCCGAUCCGUGAAGGCAGCCACGGCACGACAUCAGAACGCUAAGAAGAGUAAAUCCAAAGAUGCCGAGACCUCUGACCAGAAACCAACGGUGUCCCCAUUCCUAUCCGAACCGAUCUACCCUAACAACGUACCACCUCCACCCGGAGUGGAACCGGUUACCCUACCCCCUGCUAAUCAACCCGAGCCCCCGGGCACUGAUGCCAGUCUCGUAUCUGGCCCUUCUGCUGAAACCAUCGACCAGGCAGAAAGUACAGUAUAUGGUGAAAAUGGUUCGCCAAAGGGCCACAUCAUACCCCCACCGCCUGAUGUCCAACCCGUUAUCGACAAGAUGGCCCUCUACGUCGCCAAGAAUGGUAUUGAGUUUGAAAUAGUGGUGAAGAACAAAUGCGACCCUCGAUUUGAAUUCCUGAUGGAGGAUCACCUCCACUUCCCUUACUACGAAUUCAAAAAGAACUUGCAUAUGAAGGAAUUUGAGCAAGAGAAAUCCAAAUCCGAAGAGCAGAAGGCCUUCCAAAAUAAAGGGGUUAGUUUCUCAAUAAAGCCCAAGACAAAGGAACAGGAGAGUGUGUCAUUUGAGAAGCGACCCGUGUUCAGCUAUGAGAGCAGUGAAGAAGGAAGCGAAGUGGAUGAGUUGAAGCCGACCCAGCCCAGCAGCCCCAUCGUGGAGAUGGUAGAAAACCAGUUGAAGAAGGUGGAGGCCAAAAUGGUGGCAGAGGAGAAAGUGGAAAGACGGGAAUCCAACCAUGACAGCAUGAGUAGGAAAAUGGCGGAAGAAAAAUUGAAAGACCGGCUGGCUUUAGCUGCCCGAGAGAAACUAUCUCAGGCCACUAAAGAGAAACAAUUGCAGGCCGAACGGAAACGCAAGGCAGCUCUGUUUAUCAACAUGUUGAAGUCCUCAAAUCAGCUGGUUACCAACCCUAAUAAUUCGGAUAAGGACCACUCGGAUACUGGAGGCUGUGUGUCCUUGGCCAGCUCCAGUGGCAACACCCCGGUGCUGCACCAUAAAACUGUAGAUCUCGAGGAAGUCUACUUGUCUGCUGACGGCUCUCAUCACAUCUACGAUGCUACAAACAACGUUCAAGAUGGCGGCUACUUGUACGACAACUCCAGUAACCAUAGCAAAGGCCACCAAAGUUGUUCGGACAGCCCUCUUAGUAAAAAGUCGCCGACGCCACCUGGUGGUUACGUCACGAAAAGAUACAACUCCAGUGCUUCUUCGUCGCAGCGGAGAGGAAGCUCGCAGCCCCAGGAACGUUCGAGGUCUCCGGGCAGUCGCAAGUCAAGGAAACGCAGCCCGUCACGGAAACACAGUCGUUCGAAGUCUCCGGGGAAACAGUUGAAGAGGAGCAAAUCUCCAAGUCCACACAAACAUCGGAACCAUUCGAAAUGCAGAUCCGUAUCCCGGUCUCCCAGUAAAUACAGCUCAUCAAGCCGUCAACUACGAUUGAUGGAACAGUCUCCCAAACACUACAGCAGACAUCAGUCACCCGUACACCAUUCCAGAUCUCACCUCAGCAGUGCUGUUUCCUCGCAGACCCGCGUAGAGAAGUCCCGAUCCAGAUCCAGGUCUCGCUCCUUUAAAGAACGCUCCAAGUCCCCGUAUUCCAGGAAGUCCGGCAAAAGCCCCUCCAGAAAGCAAGGCUACUCCAAGUCUCCGUCAAAGAAAAGCAAAUCGCGUUUAAAGUCUCCCAGCUCCAAGAAGAAGCACAAAAGAUCUCGGUCAAGAUCUCCCAGCAAGAAGCAACAGAAGCUGUCAAGAUCCGAAAACGACAAACACUCGAGCAAAUCCAGCAGCAAAUCGAAAAAGGAUUCCAAAGACAAAUGCUCCAAGCGUGAGAGCUCGAGGAAACGAGCCACGGAGUCGAGAGAGAAGGAUUCUCCCAAGAUCCAACCCUUGCUGGUCGAUUUGACACUCAAGCCUGAGACUACAUUUGAUCUCACUUCAUCGAGAAUUGAAAUCCGCAGCAACAGUCCACAGCCUCUCCAGACCUCGUUGGAGCCGACAGUAAACAAAAGCGAACAACCAGUUUCAGAAUCGAUGCUAUCCAAAGUCCGGGCCAUGUUGAAAGCCAGCCGCCAAGCCAUCCUCAAGGAAGACACCAGUUCUGACUUAUGACAUUAGCUGAUAUGCAUUUCUGAUCCUUCGCUGUUUUCUUGAUGGAUUUUUAAGAUGAAAUCUUAACUGGAGAAAAAAAAAAAGACCCUUUAUUAUAUGGGCAGAAGUGAGAGGGUCCCCACACACAUUUGGACCUGAAUUUUUGUUCUCUUGUCUCCCACAUUUUUAACAAACUGGUUAGUGGGACCUUCUCACCCAACCCUCUUGAUCUAGUAGCCAAAUCUCCCUCGUCCUGUCACCUCAAGUUAUAGAGUACAGGGAGCCUAUAUGUGGUCACUUGGCCUGCUA